AUGGAAAAUUUUCCUCAUAAUCAACAGGUUCUGCAGCAAGUAGAAAAUACGGCAAGGAGGCGAUCGAGACAGUCGAGUAAGUAUCUUGGGGUAAGAAGAAGGCCAUGGGGACGAUAUGCAGCGGAGAUUAGAAACCCAUUUACUAAAGAAAGGCAUUGGUUAGGAACUUUUGAUACCGAAGAAGAAGCUGCAUUAACUUAUGAUAUCUCAGCUAUUUCUAUUAGCGGAUUAGGUCGAGCUCGUACGAACUUCUAUUACCCGUUUCUUGUUCCUCUAUCACUAUCAACAACUUCACCGCAACCUUCACCAACACCUCCCACUUCUCUUCUUCUUUCUACUCCACCACCGUCGCCACCUCCAACACCAAAGUUAGAAGAAGAGACAAGUUACCAUCUUCAUGAUCAGCAGCAAUCUUAUGAGGAUUUAGAUAAUGACAUUGAUGCUUUAGAUAAUGAUGAAUCGAUGACUAUAGCUGCUAUCUUAGAGAGUUUUUGUUCAGGAAGCAAUAGCAAGAAGAGUGCUGAUGCUGAAGCAAGAACCAAGAAUAGGCAUGACGUGAACGUGGAUGCUGAAGUAAGAACCAAGAAUAUGCAUGAUGUAAAUGUGGAUGGUGAAUCAAGCACAAGGAAUAUGCAUGAUAUGAAUGUGGAUGAAGAAUUGGAUAAAAAAUAG